AUGGGCACUCUCAACGAGAAGACGGGCGAUGCCAUCGAUGUCGUUACACCGACAGAGGUGAACCCCCAGAGGGAAAGCUUUGAUGAGAAGAUUUCCGUCGACGAGGUUGCGAGACAACUCAAUGCAACACCCGAGGAAGUCCUUGAAGCCAAGGAGUACUCCCGAGGCCUUUCCCUCCAAGAUGCCCGUGAAUCGGCGGAGCGACUCGUCUCCCAGCACGGCCUCGACCCAAACUUCCCCGCCGGCGCCCUCGAACGCCUCAAAGCCUUCCUCGCCAACAACGACAUCUUCGCCAACCCAGACUCCCACGCCCGCGAGAUCUCCGAAGCCAAAGUCGAAGUCUCGCUCCUGACGACGAACAGUCCGUACGCAGAAGUCCGCGCCGUCGUCGAUCCCCACGAUGACACCAGCAUGCCCGUGUCCACGAUCCGGGCUUGGGUGAUCGGUCUGUUCUUUGUGGUCUUCAUCGCUUUCAUCAACCAGCUCUUCAGCGUUCGGCAGCCCUCGAUUACGUUAAGAGCUGAGGUCGUGCAGUUGUUGGCGUAUCCGGUUGGUAAAGCUGCGGAGAAGUUCCUUCCUGAUGUUGGCUUUACGCUGUUUGGUGUGCGGCACAGUUUGAACCCGAGUCCUUUUAACAAGAAGGAGCAUAUGUUGAUCUCGAUUAUGGCGAGUGUUGGGAAGACGCUACCCAGUUCGAGAUAUAUCAUCUUCACCCAAUGGAUGGACCGUUACUUCGGCCAGAAGUACGCCAAGUCGUUCAGCUACCAAAUCCUUCUGGCUCUCUCCACGAACUUGAUGGGUUUCGGUUUGGCUGGUCUCUGCAGACGAUUCUUGGUAUACCCUUCCUUUUGCCUCUGGCCGGCAUCCUUGGUGACAAUCGCCCUCAACAGCUCCCUUCACAACGAGUCGAACCAUCCCGUCCCGGGCCCAUUCAACAAGAUCUACAACAUGUCCCGCUACCGCUUCUUCCUGGCCGCGUUCGCCUGCAUGUUCGUCUGGUUCUGGUUCCCGGACUACAUCUUCGGCGCCCUGUCCCUCUUCAACUGGGUCGCCUGGAUCGCGCCGGACAACUUCACCCUGACGGCGAUCACCGGCGUCCGCAAGGGUCUCGGCUUCAACCCGCUCCCGACCUUUGACUGGAACGUCGCGACGCACGUCGUCCAGCCCCUCGUCGUGCCCUUCCGCGUCACGUUCAACACCUUCAUCGGCGUUUUCAUCGGCGGUAUCACGAUCAUCGGGCUGUACUGGACGAAUGCGUAUAACACGGCCUAUCUCCCGAUCAACUCCAACCUGAUGUAUAACCACUUUGGCGGGUCGUAUAACGUCUCUCAGAUUCUGGACAGUCGAGGCUGGUUGGAUGAGGCCAAGUACCAGGCGUACUCGCCGGUUUAUUUGGCUGCUAGUAGUAUCACGAUGUACUACUACUUCUUCGCCGUCUAUGCUGCGACGAUCUCGUACGCGAUCCUCUACCAUCGUCAUGAUAUCGCUCUUGGCUUCAAGAGUCUGGUGCGGAGCUUCAAGAAAGAGGCUUCGCAGGAUUUCAAGGAUGUCCACACUCGCAUGAUGUCAAACUACCCCGAAGUUCCUGAAUGGUGGUACGCCGUUCUUAAUGUUCUUGCCAUCGCGUUUGGUGUCGCUGCUGUAGCCGCUUGGCCUACCGAGACAAGUGUGGGUGUCGUGUUCUUCGGCAUCGCCCUUGCUUUGGUUUUCGUUAUCCCGACCGGCAUCAUCUUUGCCACGACUGGGAUGGAAGUUGAGUUCAACGUCCUCGCCGAGUUCAUCGGCGGUGCAUGGGAACCGGGUAACGCACUUGCCAUGAAUUUCUUCAAGUGCUUCGGCUACGUCACCACAGCUCAUGCUCUGGAUUUCGCCAAUGACCUCAAGCUCGCGCAUUACCUGAAGAUCCCGCAGCGUCAUACCUUCGCUGCCCAGGUUGUCGCGGUUUUCGUGUCGGCCUUCGUGUGCACCGGUGUCAUGAACUUCCAAAUUGAAAAUAUACCCGACCUCUGUUCAACUAACCAAAAGGACCGCUUCUCCUGCCCCGGCGUCAACACGUACUUCACCGCAGCAGUCCUCUUCGGCAGCUUGGGCGCCCGCAAGGUCUUUGGCUCGGGCGGUAUCUACACUGCUCUGUUAUCUGCCUUCCCGGUCGGCUUCGCCAUCCCUAUUCUCUUCUACAUCUUCCAGAGGAGAUUCCCCCGUACGCACUGGGUGGCUAAGAUUCAUCCGGUCAUGAUUCUCAGCGGUGGUAUCAGCUGGUCUCCCUACAACAUCGCGUACAUGUGGCCGGCGGUGAUCCCAGGCUGGCUAAGCAUGGUGUACCUCCGCCAGCGAUACCUCGCGUUCUGGUCCAAGUACAACUACGUCCUGUCGGCUGCCUUCUCGACGGCGAUUGCCAUCGCUGCUGUCGUCAUCUUCUUUGCUGUCAGUUACCAUGGCUUCGAGGUGAACUGGUGGGGCAACGACUCGGAGAAGGGGUGCGAGGCGACAGCAUGCACGAGACUCAAGAUGCCCAAGGGCGAGUACUUCGCUGGAGAUGCCUUCGGAGACGAAACCAUGGACUUUUGGUCGCGCCUCCUAACGGGCACUCCGCUCGCCUCCUCGAACUCUCGCAAGGUCGACGCAAAGGACCCUACGAAACGCCUGCAUCGCUUCGAUAAGGAGUACAACCGCAUUUUGCAAAUCUGGAGAUCGUCCUCCAACCUCGCCAACGACGUCGACGCCGCCGAGACCCUCGAGAUCCGACUCCAAGAGCUCACGAAUAUCCUGACCGACGAGUCCCGCCGACCGCUGCCCCAUCCCUGCAUCCAGUACGCCGCGAAGAAACAAGUCUACGUGCCCAUUGGCAAAAUCGCAACCACCUCCUACAACGAGUGGAUCAUUAAGGAGGCUGUGCUUUUCUUCGCUACCCUCCUCGAGACGGAAGAGGAGGCUUUCGUCGAGAAUGUCAACUUCUCCGCCAGUCUGACGAAUCUGCUCGUUCGCAUCACGGGCGUCAACAGUGUCCGCCUGGGCUCCGAUACCGAGGCCAAGGUCGUCGAGCUGGCUUUUAACAUCACCACAAAGAUCCGCCUCAACCGAGAUAUCCUACACGCUUGGUUUAAGAGCCACCAUGAUGGUGCUCCUAGAGGUAGCGCCCAGGAUGACCAAGGCUCGUUCGCCGGCCGCACGCAGAGGCAGGACUUUCCGCUUUUCUACAUCUUGAUGGAUUACAUUCACCAUGAGGGCAAGGUGGGCGAUUUCGCGAGGACGGGAUUACUCUACAUCAUUGAGUCGGCAUCUAGCGACGAGUCGCUCGAGCAAUGGAUUGUCGAAAGUGACCUCUCCACACUCAUGGCUACCGGGUUGGGCGCGCUAUACAGCCAAUUGAGCCGGAAACUUGUCAUUGACUAUCCUACUAAUGGUCUCCCCGCGAUCCUCGCCUUCUCCGACUACGAGCGUCCGACGUCCACCUUCGAGAUCAUCAGCUCCUGCUCAGGCGACUUCUUGGGCCACCUCGAAACCUUCCUCUCCCAUCUCCUCUUCUGGCAGGACGUGCUGGAUCACUGCAAGUCGGUCGAGGUGAAGCAGACCCUCCUGGAGCAUUUUCAGGUCAUUUUCCUGCAGCAGCUCUUAUACCCUUCGUUGCUAGAGUCAUCCGAUAUUGACGGAGGCUCAUCCGUUGCUGUCCUCACCUACCUCCGCCGUAUCCUAGAAUCCCUCGACCACCCCGACAUGAUCAACCUGAUCCUCCACUACCUCCUCGGCCUACCUGACCACGUGUCCGCAGGUCCGUCUACUGGGCGCGCCUCCAUCAGUGCAGCCCGCAAGCGCAAGUCUAUGGAUCUUGCCACAAUGCUGGCACAGACGAAAUCUGACAUUACUGCGACGCCCCUCUUGUUCAACCUCGUUGAUCUUAUCCAGGCGUGCUUACGGUCUCACAACCAGCAGACCAUUCGUGUUACUCUUCAGCUAGUCUCGGCGAUCCUUAGAAGGCAUCACCGCUAUGCAGUGAGCACGCUCCUUCGCACCGAAGCGGUCAUCGGAGACAAGAUGCACCGCACCAUCGGUGCACAUGAGCAAGAGGUCGACUACAUCAUGAGUCUGGCAGGAUCGAUCGGUGGCCAGGAUAACUUUGACGAGAUAUAUGAAAAUGUCUUGAAGGAUACCAUGACCCGUCUCGAGAGUCACCCCUGUUCGCUCAAGCUCGUGGCCCCCAAGACCUCGAUCAACAACCAUGACUUACCCGCUAUUCCUGAUACACUCCCUGGAGCGCCACGCGACGUGCACGAGCACACGCUUCGCCCCGACGAUCCGCUGCUCACCUCAGUAUUGGACCUUCUUGAGACGUUCUUCAUGAAUGCGGUCGAUACAAACCUCUCACUCACCGAGGCCAUCUUGGAUCUGGCCAUCUGUGGAUACAUGUCGGUCGAGGGAUGGAUCUUGCGGAAUCCUCAAAAGUACACCUACGACGAGCAGCCGCCCAGCCCAACAUCCCCGGAUGCGUCAACGACCUCGUUCAGGCCUCCAACUGAUCCGGACUCUACUACGUCCGCGGAGCAGCAGACUCUUGAAGCACUGGACAGCUGUCGUCGCCGCCCCAUAUGGGUACAGUCGUCCCUGCCUCGCAUGCUCGUGAUCCUGCAGCAACUUUCCGACCAGGUUGCCAAGUACCGCGAGACGGUUCCCCGCUUCGAGGACUUGCUCCAAAGCCGGAGAGAGGCGUUCCAAACUGCCGAUAACCGGCCCACGCCGCCGCCUUUGCCGCCUCGCAAGCCAACUCCGUCAAGACACAGAUCAGCGCAUACCCCGGAACGCUCGAGUAUGGACGACGCACGCAGUGGGUCUCCAGCGCGUCCAUCAGGUCUGGAACGUUUUGCACAACGCCUGGUAUCGGAGCUGAGCACCCCCAGCCGCUCUGGAAGCUCCAGAGGAAGAAAAAAUAGCCGGGGCUCCGGUUCUAGCAGCCCGGCUCCUGGCAGUCUAUCUGGCGGGUAUGGAUUGUCUACCCCGACAUCUCGUCCCCUGCCCCCACCAAAAGACACGCCCUACGACAACCCCCCGAGAAGUGUGACGGACGAGGGUGGUUCGUCGCAUGGGCCUAGAGACCCCGUGGCUAGCCAGGCGGCCGCAUUUGCCGCCAUCGAUCAGAGCAUCCUUGCGCGUAAAGUUGGUAUUCCUGGCAAGGUCGAGCCCAUCCCGCUGGAUCUCGGGAAGAAGAAGCCGACUCUUCACAUGCCGCCUCCUAAAGACGACGAGGAAACUGAAGGAGGGGAAGCCAGUGAGCAGACCGGCGAAGAGGGAGGUGAGCCGGAAGCCCAAGAAGUCCAAGAAGCCCAGCCAGAGCCAAGCGGUGAUGAUACCGCCGACGUCAAGCAGCCGGAGGAGCAGAAGCCGGAGCGUACGGCAUCGGUCUCCCAUGUCCUCACCAACGUCAUUAUACUUCAAUCGUUCUUGUUUGAGCUGGCCGCCCUGAUCCAGGUGCGGGCAGGGCUCUUCACCGAAGUUCGCUACGCUUAA